CCCGCCCUUUCCUCUACCUAACUUCAGUCUGGUCGAGUUUCUGUUUUGCUGUGAUUUGAUUGCCUGCUCUGAGCUCUGUGAUUUGGUUCUGACACACCUCGCCCUGCAACACCACUGUCCGUCCUCACCAUCGUCAGACAGAGCGCUCGUUAAGCGGCGUUUUUUUGUCGUACUCCGGGUCAGAAGAUGUCCGCUGGCUCCUCCGGGCCAGUGCCACUUUAGGGAGGUCCUUUCCAGCGGAGCGACUUCGGGAAAACUCCAACUGUUGUAGCCGUGGCUAAACGGUUGGGCUGUUUAUGUCACAAAGGAGCCAGCUGUCAACGCCGGGUCUCCCCGUUUCGGACACGGGAGACCGUGGAGCUGUGGUCUGGAUUGUUUAUGUGAGGUUAAUGGUGAACGUUGUGCCAGGCCGAGGUGGGGACGGAGAGGAGAUGCCCCGCGGCUAGCAGCGCUAACGUUAACCGGACCACGGAGCAGGGAUAGGUCUGCAAACACUGCUCACUUAGCACCCUAGUCACCAACCCAGCAUCGUGGUCUUCGCAGAAUUUGUUUUUAAGACACUCCUCAGAUAGCGAAACCCUCUGUGGUGACUAGACGAGGCGGCUAACAUGAAGAAGUAGCUUGUUGGCAUUUUUCUUGCUCUCGAGGGACGACGUUAAGCCAGCUAGCUAAGUUAGCGGUUAGUCGGCUCCACAACAACAAAUGCCUUGUUCACCAGACUCUGUUCCUGCUGUUUGUCCAGCAUCGAUGCACUCGCGUUAAAGGCAUGUUUGGAUGGACUAUGAACUAUAGGUGUGAUAGCAGGACGGAGGUUUGCAUUUGAGCAUCUCUACCGAGACGUUUAUUUCGGGCGUGUGGCCCCUGAUUUACCUUCACACUAAGGAGUAGACCAGGAGGCCACCUGUUCAGCAUGGAGGGAAACGUACAGCAACUGAAGGCCACUCCUCUAGCUCGGGAUCUAACGAGGAUAUUUAGCAGCUACAACAAGCACACCGUACAGCUGAAGAAGAACCUGAAGGAGACUAAUGCAUUCUUUCGGGAAAUCAGGCAAAACUACAGCAACUCCUGUGCCUCGGCCAUGAGCUCUGAUUCAGCUUCUCUGGACGCAGGUUGGUGCCAGUUUAGUUGCAUCUCUUUCCCCAGUCAUGAGGAAGAGUUUCUGCGCAACACUGUGGGUGCUGCUCCAUACAUCCUGGUGCUGGGUCAGGACUGCGCUGCUCGCUACCAGCUGCUCAACUGCCUUCUGGGGGAGAGGCUGCUGCCACUGGGGCCUGAGGCUGGAGAGGCCUGUGAAGGAGUCCAGGGCACCGUCUGCAAGAGGCGGAAACUGUGCUUCACCCAUGGGAGACAGACACGACUGAGCUUGGCACUGCCGGGCCAAUAUGAGCUGGUGCACCAGUUGGCAGCUAACCGUGGCCGCUGGGACACAGUUCCCAGAGAGGACCUGGAGAUCCAUGAGGAAUGUGAGGACCCGGCCCACAGGCUGGCAGAGCUGGAAAUCACCCUGCAUCACCCGCUGCUUCAGGAAGCAAAGGUCAUGGUGGUUCCUUGUCCAAGCGUUCAGCCCAUUGAAGAGGCCCUGGAAGACUGCACUCGCAAUGUGAUCCCCGUCAUACUGUACGCCGUCAACCAGGAUUCCCUGAGCACGGAGCAGGUGGCUGAGCUCUGCAAGGUCAAAGAGAUGCUCUCCUUUCCCAUCUGUUUUGUCCGCAUCCCCGGCUCCGUACCGACAGCCUCCCCGGAAUGCGGCCGCCGCUCGGAGAAGGACAAGGACAAGGAGAAGAGUGCCCUCCAUAAGCAGCUACUGUCCCUUGGCCUCCUAAAUAACACAACAGGAAACUGUUCCUGUGGCGCCCCCACACAGGCGCCCCUCCCCGGUGCUAAGCCCCAGAGCAUGCUGGGCGAGGCCUUUGAAAAACUGCAUCGGUGGCUGGUGCCGUUUGCUCGCCUGGUGCUUCAAAACCAGCAGGUGGAGGCCGCCAACCUGCUUAACGGGCUUCACUGUCGAUGUCUUGACCUUUUCAUCAACCAGGCCUUUGACAUGCAGAGAGACUUGCAGAUCACGCCCCGUAGACUGGAGUAUACCCGUGAGAAAGAGGGUGAACUCUUCACAUCCCUUAUGGCCAUUGCUAACCGCAAACAGGAAGAGAUGAAAGAGAUGAUUGUGGAGACACUAGGCAGCAUGAAAGAGCAGUUGCUGGAGGAUGCAGCCAACCUGGAGUUUACAGACAUCAUUGUAACAACCAAUGGAGAACCUGUUACGUCGAAAGAGAUCAAGUCCUGCAUCCACCAGAUCCAGGAGCUGAUAGUGGUCCGUUUGAAUCAGGCCGUUGCCAAUAAGCUGAUCAGCUCUGUGGACUAUUUGAGGGAGAGCUUCGUAGGAACCCUGGAGCGAUGUCUCAACAGUCUGGAGAAGUCCAACUUUGAUUCGUCUGUUCACAAUAUUACUUCUAAUCAUCUCAAACAGUUAUUAAAUGCUGCCUAUCAUGUGGAGGUCACCUUUCAUUCGGGGUCCUCUGUCACACGACUCGUCUGGGAGCAGAUCAAACAGAUAAUCCACAGGAUAACGUUUGUGAACCCUCCUGCCAUCACUCCGGAGUGGAAGCGUAAAGUGGCUCAGGACGCCAUUGAGAGUCUCAGCGCUGCCAAACUCGCUCGAAGCAUCUGCUCCCAGUUCAGAACCCGGCUUAACAGCUCCCACGAGGCCUUUGCAGCUUCUUUGCGCCAGCUGGAGGAAGGGCACACAGGGCGUUUGGAGCGUACUGAGGACCUGUGGCUGCGUGUGAGGAAGGACCACGCCCCUCGGCUGGCCCGCCUCUCGCUGGAGAGUCGCUCCCUCAGGGAUGUGCUGCUGCACGGCAAGCCUAAACUUGGGCGAGAGUUGGGCCGGGGUCAGUAUGGAGUUGUGUACUUGUGUGACAGCUGGGGAGGACACUACCCAUGUGCCCUGAAGUCUGUGGUGCCGCCUGACGAUAAACACUGGAACGACCUGGCUUUAGAGUUUCACUACACAAGGUCUCUGCCCAAACAUGAGCGGCUGGUGGACCUGCACGGCUCCGUGAUCGAUCACACCUACGGAGACGGCUCCAGCAUUGCUGUGCUGCUCAUUAUGGAGCGGCUGCACCGAGACCUUUACACAGGACUAAAGGCUGGUUUAUCUCUGAGGGAGAGACUUCAGAUCGCUCUGGACGUGGUGGAGGGGAUCCGCUUCCUCCACAGUCAGGGCCUCUUGCACAGAGAUAUAAAGCUAAAAAAUGUUCUGUUGGACAAACAAAAUCGUGCCAAGAUCACAGACCUGGGUUUCUGUAAACCAGAAGCUAUGAUGUCUGGCAGCAUCGUUGGAACCCCCAUCCACAUGGCCCCAGAGCUGUUUACAGGAAAGUAUGAUAACUCUGUUGAUGUCUACGCCUUUGGGAUCCUGUUCUGGUACCUCUGCACCGGUUCAGUGAAACUCCCAGAAGCCUUUGAGAGAUGCUCCAGUAAGGACCAGCUCUGGAACAAUGUUAAAAAAGGUGCCAGACCGGAGCGACUGCCCAUUUUCGAUGAGGAAUGCUGGCAGCUGAUGGAGGCCUGCUGGAACGGGGACCCCUCCCAGAGACCCCUGCUCGGUAUUGUGGAGCCGGGCCUGCAAAGAAUCAUGGUCCGUCUCUGCAGCUGUGGCUCGGAACAGAAAAGCAGCAGCCUCGAAGACUCAAACUGAAAACACUCCAGACAAACUAACACACGCGUGAUAAUGAUUCUGAAAGUAUUAGUGUCGUAUUUAUGGAGAACGGAGCUGAGCGGAGUUUCUGAGACACAGAACGAAAAAUGUCCCCAUUGUUCUCAUUGUUCACAGUUGUUGGAUUUACGUUAUUUAUGAGGAGGUGAUACACACCACAAGUUUGCAAAUAAGUGUGUUUUAUUGUUUGUGCUCCUUUUUUGUGUAUUUGUAUACAAACUCUACAAUACGCUUUGCUCGUAGCUGCAGUGCUAAUUGCUACAUUGUUAUAGAAAUGUUACUAGAUGCAAAUUGUUUUAAAAAGUAGUUCAUCCCCAAUAUUAUGAAAAAAUAUAUAAAAGAUUAAUUUUAGAUUGUAUUUAAACUGAACAUGUCUGCAUCUAUACCAGUGCUCUUUUUUAAUAAAAUGAUCUGUUGCAAUGAAAA